GGGGAGGGGACACCAUGUGUGUCACUGUGUACAUGCUGUGUCCUCUGUGUGAUCAGGGAUGUCAUGGAGGAACCGGAGGAUAAGGAUGGCAAACACCGAGCAGAGGUGACCCGGGAUGACAAACUGCUGCUUAUAAAAGGGGGAAUUUUUCUUGGCAGUGUUGCAACAGCGGGAAUGCUCGCAGGUUUUGGAACAACACUGUCCCUUGCAAAGAGGCGAAGCCCCGGCUGGUUCAGUAAGGGUGCUACUGCCACAGCUUCCUUGCCAGAGAGUGGUGCAUCCCUUGCCUUGAGAGCUUUAGGUUGGGGAUCGCUCUACGCCUGGUGUGGAGUGGGAUUUAUCAGUUUUGCUGUAUGGAAAGUACUUGGAGUACACAGUCUUAAAGAAUUCAGAGAGAAAAUGCAGUCCUUAUUUCCAGCUGUGCCUAGAAGCCAAGAGGAACUUUCCACUUCUGAGCCAUUCAGCUUGGAGAGCCUCCUGAAAUCUAAGUGAUAUAGAGGGAAGUUCCAGGUGGCAUGAUCUUCACAGACUGGCUAGCCAAACAGCGUCUCAUGGCUGCAAGAGGUUCUGUUAUGAAUGGUGGAUGUACAUUUAAUAUAUGCAAAAGGA